GACCGAAAUGAUGCGAUACGCUACCGACCCGACCGACGACCUAUGUAGCAGCGGGAGCUCCCAUCGCUGCUCAGAGUGAGAAUGUCCUUUGUGCAAUGCGGUUCAGUCUAGUCGCCCGCCGAGGAGGACCAUGACCGCUCUUGAUGGGUUCGACGCCAAAGGACGACGGUCGGUCGGUGAAAAAUUCAUUCUGUUCGAACCAAUCCGUGCAGUUAAUUGCCGUGGAAAACCUAGCAGCUGGCGGGCUGCAGUCUAGGGAGUGGAUUUUAAAUGUGUUUUCAGUGUGUUCUACAUCGACGGUGAAAAAUCAAGUGUGAAUAAGCGGGGAAUUCUGCUUUGUCAAAGUAUAGUGCAAAAAGGGAAAAUCAAUCGCCAGGAGUAGCAGCAGUGGUGAAUCAUAGCGUGGCAUGAAGUGGUUUUCCGUCCGGGUCGGAGACGGAAAAUAAGAUAAAAAUCUGAAGGAUAAUGGUGAUACCAAAGGUCACAUUCACGAUUCGUUGUGCUUUGGGUGCGGAGCUCAACGCUUGAGUAGACGGUGACGAAUGUGACAAAUAGAUGAAAUCGAAUGAUAAAUGUGCAAAUUUGCUGUGCUAAAAGUGAAAAUUUCGUUCCUUCAGUAAGACCGAGAAAAAAAAAGUUGAAGAAAAAAAGCAUACAGAAUACAAGCAUCAGUGGCGGCGGUGGUGGUGAGAGUCAUUGUUCCACACUCAGUUAGUUGUGAAUCGGAUGCUGGGUAUCCGGACGCAUAGCAGCAGUAGCAAAGCUUGAAGCGAAGCCGUAUCCUGCCGAACUGGAGCGACGACGGAAACAAAAUUUGAGCAAAAGCGAUGUUCCACCAGCAUGAGAUCCGGCAACGAAUCCGACUGGGAGCCCCUGCUCGAAACGGACGCGAAAAGCACUUCAUCGUCGUCGUCGAGGCGGCCUCCCGCUGGUGCGGGUUCAGGACCAGGCACAUGCACCACCAAUAGACGCGACAACAAAGGCCACCACCCCCUCCAUCAUCAUCAGGAAAAAUGUGGCCGCAUCAAGCUGGGGGUGCUGGUAGCACUGGUGUUCAUCACCUUCUACCUGUCGCUGUCCACGAUCAGCAUACGGCCCGUGGUGCACCAGAUGGUGGUCACCAUACCGGACGAUGACGAAGACCUUCCUGGACCAAGAGGCCUAGCCUCGCCCAAAGUAGUAUUUGAUUCCUCAACCAACCAAAUCAUUCCCGUUAUUCCAAACUCGAUGACCAACAACCCCCACGUGGUGCUCAAACAACAACAACAACAACAACAACAACUAUCGAAACAUUCCUCCAAUGAUGCUCACGCCGAUGACGGUUCAACCACACCCACUUCCAACGCAACGACCAACGCAGUGCCAAAAGGAUUUCUCGUCUGGGGCCCGGGAUGCAAGAUCCUGGAUUUGGAUCCGCUGGCGGACGACGUGAUGCGGUUGUUCCACAAGGAACAAUUUGUGCCCUGUUCGACGAAACAUCCACUCACGACCAUAGAUCAAGCAUCGGCGUCGAGCGCCGUGGCGACGAACGAUACGGUCGUGCUGCGGUUCCACCGGGAUCGCAUUGCGUCGCACCUGCCGCACUACAUGAAGUACAUCGAAUGCUGCUACCAGAGCAUCGAACGAUCCGGGAUCAACGAAAAGGCUGAUAAAAACUUUAAUUUAAGCGAGUGUAAAUAUUUCUCCCACGACGUCCAACUGCCCCCGAACGUGACCAAUGGGGUGAUGGUCCGCUGCAAGGGUAGCGUAUCGGCCACCAGCAAGACCCGCAAAUCGGUCUACACGAACGUGCAUGCGUUCGUCCGGGCGAAACCGGCCGUACGGGAACGGCUGGAUCGAUACCGCGACAGCUACAAACAGCGACCGCUCAGUGUGUUGAUGGUUGGAAUCGACAGCAUAUCACGGCUGAAUCUGAUCCGAGCGAUGCCCCACACGGCCCAGCAUUUGUACGAUACGGGCUGGUUCGAGCUGAAAGGUUACAAUAAGAUCGACGACAAUACGUUCCCGAACCUGAUGGCGAUCCUGACUGGGUACAACAGCACCCUGGCUUACGACACGUGUAACCCACGUAAGGUAGGUCAACUGGAGACGUGUCCGUUCGUGUGGAAUAUGUUCACCAACAGUGGUUACGUUACGGCCUAUGCUGAGGACGAGGCCAGCAUCAACACGUUCAACUACCACAAGUACGGGUUUGUUAAACCUCCCACGGACUACUACCUACGACCAAUGGCACUGGCAGCGGAGAAGAAUCUAGUAAAGAAGCUCAAAAGCUCUCUAACCAUGUGUCUGGGCUAUGAAAACUACGCGGACUUCAUCUACAGAUAUGCAUUGGAUUUUGCGACGUUCUACAAAGAUGAGCCUAGUUUUGGGCUCUUCUGGACUAACACGUUCAGUCACAACGACAUCAGUGAUCCAUCAUCUAUGGAUCUGCGGAUAAAGUACUACCUCGAACAGUUAGAUGACCGAGGCAUCCUGAACAACAGUAUGGUGGUGUUCUUCAGCGAUCACGGCCUGCGCUUCGGAGCGGUUCGAUCUCUGCUGACCGGUUGGCUCGAAGAGCGACUUCCUUUUAUGUUCCUGUGGUUACCGGAAUGGUUCAAAGAACAACACCCGGAAGCGGUUCAAGCAUUGAAAAUCAACCGAAACCGACUGACCAAUCCUUAUGAUCUCCACGCAACUCUUAAACACGUCCUGGAGCUCUCGGAACGGGUUGACAACCUUCCGCCUCCUUUCAGCUGUCCCAACUGCCAGAGCAUGUUCCAGGAAAUGCCCUGGAACCGAUCCUGUGAGGAAACGUCUAUCGCACCGCACUGGUGCACCUGUUCGAACUUCGAAAAGAUCGACAAAAGCGCCAAGAUCGUCCACGAGGUGAUCAGCUUCGUGAUCGACUCGAUCAACCGGGACCUGGAGGAUCAUCAGAAAAAUUUGACCAAGAAACUUUGUGCCAAGAUUCAGUUGAAAUCGAUCUCGCUGGCCAAGGUGGCCAGAUACCCGGAUGCACCGGAACCGCAUACGGACUAUUUGUUGAUCUUCGAUGCCAAACCUGGGUCGGGCAAGUUCGAGACGACGGUCAGGCACUACACCAAGCGGGACCAGUCGAAGACGCCGUUCGAGGUGACCGGAUCGAUCAGCCGGCUGAAUGAGUAUGCUAGUCAGAGCGAGUGUAUGCACGUGGAUUACCUGAGAAAGUAUUGCUACUGUUUGCGGAAGAAGGGUGGAUAGGGUGGUAGAAAGUGAGUUGUGGUGGGCUUUUAAUGUAGCGUUUAUUGUGACAAUAAGUGUGUAAACGAUGUUUGAGGCAAUCAAAACAAAAGCCUAGCGCACAGAUCCCAAGAUCAACAGAGUCCUGCUUAUUUUUAUACAAGUUUUUUUCCUUCAAAGGUAGGUUCUGGUUUUGGUAUUUUUUUUUAUCAAGUUAUUGAUCCUAUUUGGAAGUCAAGUAAUUUUUUGCUUUAUUUCAACGAUGGAAGUACUAAAUGGCGCUUAGUAAACAUGCUUGCCAAUAUAAAGCUUAUUUUUGCGAAAUUAUACUAAAAUAUCAUGCAGUGUAAAUUGGUCUUUCCCAAACUGAAUAUCCAGAGAUUCAUCACCCCGGGUUUUCAGUCUUCCGAGACAGUUAAUCUUUGCAAUUCAGAUGAACAUGAGAAUUUUUUGUCUCUAUAUACCAGUGAUCAAUUCGUCAUAAAUUUAAAUUGGAUCUAAUAUUCAGAACGGAAAAUAUGUCUAUAUGCUUAUUUUAAGCAUAAUACGUUAGUUUUAAAUCAUAGAGAUGGCUUCUUCUCUUCUUUGUUUAUUUUUUCAUUUAGAACCUUAUGCAAAUAACUCAAACAUGUAUUUUGAUCGUUGAGGAACCAAAAUGGCGUAAAGAAAGAUAUUAAAAAUGGUUUAAAUCUGUCAAUUGAUAAUAUGUUACGGUCGCCAUGUUGUACUUGUUGAUCGAAAAAUUAAAUGGUUUUUUUUUCAAUUCUGUAGUAGAAGGAAUUUUAUUAACAACUGAUUAGCUAUCCGUUUUGAAUUGAUAUGCAAUUUUUUACGCACGGUCAAAGUUGGUAAAAGCAGCGUAUAAGACUAUCCCCACCAGUGUAUUAAGUGUAUUAAGGACAAACGUCUUGACAUCCCACUUCAACACUGCAUCAAAACUUCAAACGCACAAAUCUCAAGAAGCAAGCGUUACACAACAAAGCAGUUUAUUAUUCUGUUCUUGCUCACUUGUAAUAAGCUUAAAAUAAGAAGAUCAGGUGCGCUGGUUUUGUUUACGAAGAGAUUUGUGCCCUCGAAAUCGUGAGUAGGUGACAAAGUCGGCCAUUGUGGCGGCCAUGUUGGGAUUCUAACAAGUCCGUCCUUAAGUCGGUGAGUAGUAGAGCUAUGUGAACUAAACUGUCUCGAGUAUACCAAAAUGGCGAAUCCUUGUCGUUUUGACAGGUCUCCUACUCGAUUGGAACUGGGGAUGACAGCAAAUCAACUGUUCUAAUUUUGACGUUUCUCUCUUUGUUUUAUCCAGGCUCGUUCAUGUGAACUAGUUGCAUUUCUGAUACCCAUCCGUUUUCGCACCGCGCUUUCACAUCAUCGUUGGUAAAAUAUUACCACCGGUGGUUGGUAGUAGUACUUCAUAACGUAAACAGAGCGCAGUACGGAUCGUUGAGGAUGGAUUGCUCAAGACUUGCUCUUCUACUUCAACUGGGACAAAGCCUGCUUCUCAGCUCAGUGUUCUGCGAGUAUUUCCACAGUUAUUCACUCAAAGCGUCCUCUCCAAAUUUCCUUUCUGUCUGUCUAUAUGAUCUAUGGCUAUGGAAGUUCCUCAAGUGUUAUGUUCGACGAAAUACGAAUCGUGGACAGGUAUCGACACAUGCUCCAGAAAAUUCCAAAAUAGUUCAAUUUACGGAAGAGCAAGCUGUGCAGCUGAGCGAUGAUAUUGUACAGAAAAAUGCGGAUCCCGGAAAAAUGCUUCUGGGGAAACUCUUGGAAGCAUUCUCGAAGAAGUUCCUGAGGGAAUUCCUUGAAAAACUCCUUCAUAAAUCACUGAAGAAACUUCAGAAGAAUCACAAAAGAAAGUUCAGGUAGAAUCGUUGGAUGAACUUCAUGAGGAACCUUUGAAGGAAUUCCUGGAAGAAUUCCAGAAGAAAUUCCCAAAGGAGUUCCUGUAGAUGAUUCCUUAAAAAACCCUGAAGGAGUUGCUAAAGGGGUCCUGGCAAAAUCUCUGAAGGUAUUCAUGGAGGAAUUCCUGAAAACAAAAAUUUUUAGGGGAAUCCUUGAAUGAACACCGAGAGAAACCCCUGACGGAUUGUCAGGCGAAAGCCCUCGGUAGAAAUGUCUGGAGGUUUUUCUGGAGAAGUCCUUUAACGAAUUUCUGAAGGAAUCCCUAAAGAAAUUCCUGGAAAAAGUUCUGAAGGAUUUUCUGGAGAAACCCCUGGUUUAUUUUCGGGUAAAAUCCCUGAAGAAGUUUCUGGAGAAAUCCCAAAAGGAAUUCCUGAAGGAAACUUUGAAGUAGCUCCUGGGGUAAUUUUAGUCACUUGUAUCGGCGCUGUAGUCUUGGGGAAUUAAAACGACUGUCCUGGAGAAAUCUCUCCAGCAAUUCCAAGAGAAAUCUCCGAUGAAUUACUGGAAAAUAAAAACUUUGAAGAAUUCCCUGAAAUAUUUUCUGGAAGAACACCCGCAGGAGCUCCUGCCUGGAAAAAUCGUUCUAUCAAUCUCACGCACUUUCUGGUGAAUCCUUUAAAAAAUCCUGUAGCCCUAAAGGAGUUCCUAGAGGAGUCUCUGAAAAAACUAUUGAAAAAAGCACAAGGAACUCCAGGUCAAAUUCCUCAAACAGUUCCAGGAGAAACUUCUGAAGGAAUUCCUUGGAAAAUCCGUCAAGGAAUUCCUAGAGGAAUCCCAGGAGUCCCUGAAGAAGCUCCUGCAGAAAUCAACGAAAGAGUUCCUGAAGAAACCAUUUGGAGAAAUCCUUGAAAGAAUUUGAGAAGAAAAACCCUGAAAAUCUUCGACAAUUCCAGGAGAAAGAAUUCCAGAUGGAAACUCUGCAAAAUUCCUGAAAGGAAGGAGUUCCUGGAGGAAUCCCUGAGAGAGUUUUUAAAGAUAUGCAUGAGAAAUGCCAGAAAAAAAUCCAGCCAAUAAUUCUAGGAGACAUUCCAGAAGCCGUUCCUAGGCAAGUUCCUGGAGGAAUCUGUGAAGAAAUUGCUGGAGAAAUUCCUCAAGGAACUUGAGAAGACACCCCUCAAGUGACUUCAAGAGAAAAAAAUCCUAAAGAAAUUCGAAAAGAAAUCCCUAAAUGAGUUCCUGAAGAAACCUUGCAGGAAUUCCUGAGAAAAUUUUGGUAGCUUAUAUCGGCGCUGCAGUCUUGGGGAAUCAAAACGACUGCCCUGGGGAAAUUUCUCCAGCAAUUUCAGGACAAAUCCUGGAGAAAUCUCCGAUGAAUUUCUGAAAUAAAAAACUGAAAAAAUCCCUGAGAGAUAUCCUGGAGGAAUCCCAGAAGCAGCUCCUGGAAAAAUCUCUCCAGCAAUCACAGGAGAAAAUUCUCAAGUAACUUUAGGAGAAAUCUCUCAAAGAAUACCAGGAAAAAUCUAAAAAUUAUUCCUAGAAGAAAUUUCUAAAGAAAUCCCUGGGAAAAGAAUCCUGAAACACUUUCUGGUGAAUCCUUGAAGAAAUUCCUGGAGAAAUUCCCGAAGGAGUUCUGGAGAAGUCUCAGAAGAAACUCCUAAAAAAACGAUUGAGGAACUUCAGGAACUUCCAGAAGAAAUUUGUGAAGGAA